AUUGUAUCCUGCUCUUACCCGCCGCCGAAGCACAGGUAAAGGGAUUCUGCUGUCUCGCUUCGGCUGGCUCUGGCGAUGGUAGCGAUGCUUUCCGGCGAUAUCCCUCCGAAUCAAACAAUUUACAUCAACAAUCUGAAUGAGAAGGUCAAGAAAGAAGAACUGAAGCGAUCCCUCUAUGCUCUAUUUUCCCAAUAUGGAAGAAUUUUGGAUGUGGUGACCCUAAAAACACCAAAACUUCGUGGCCAGGCAUGGGUGGUCUUCGCUGAAGUUCCAGCUGCUAGUAAUGCAGUACGACAAAUGCAAAGAUUCCCAUUCUAUGAUAAACCAAUGAGAAUACAGUAUGCAAAAACAAAAUCUGAUUGUGUUGCAAAAGCUGAUGGGACAUUUGUUCCAAGAGAAAAGAAGAAGAAGCAAGAAGAAAAGGCUGCUGAAAAGAAACGCCGAUUUGAGGAGGCUCAGCAAUCUGCUUCUGCUGCUAAUGCUCAAACUAAUGGAGGGCUGUCUGCUUCGCAAGCUUCUCGCCAAGGAAAGACCAGUUCUCAGGAGCCCAUGGCUGCUCCCAACAACAUCCUUUUCAUACAAAACCUGCCUCAUGAAACAACAAGCAUGAUGCUUCAAAUCCUUUUCCAGCAAUACCCUGGUUUCAGUGAAGUCCGCAUGAUCGAAGCAAAACCGGGCAUUGCAUUUGUGGAGUUCGCCGAUGAUGUGCAGGCUUCAAUCGCAAUGCAAGCUCUCCAAGGUUUCAAGAUCACCCCGCAAAACCCAAUGGUCAUCACCUACGCUAAGAAAUGAUGCUCUCUUUUCACAAUGAAAUCUCCUUUUACCAUGGGAACAACAUGAUGAACCAAUCAAGACAGAGAGGUGAGUCAAAUCUUGGCCAAGCAACGAGCUCAAUGCAGCCUCUUCUCAGCUUUUGAAUUUGAUUGUUUUGCAUGCUAUUUUGUCCCAAUCUAUCAAACUUCUCUUUGCAUGAAUAUAUUAUGCCAAAGGCAGACUCUAUGUAGGAGGGUAUUGAUGAAUAUAU